UGGCAACAAGUUCGUUUUAAAAACGAUUCUGCGGGAAUAAUGUUUUUUUAUCAGUUAUCAGCUAUAAACAUACAAAUUAUUGGGUAUUUUAUAAGCAAAUUUGAAGGAAAUUCAUAAAUCUGUAAUAAUGUCAAAAGUUUUCAAUAACGAAGGUAUAAAAGCCGGUUGCAUUUACAGGAUAGCCCUCGAGAAUUUUGUGACAUACAAACAAGUCGUGCUAUAUCCAAGUCAGUCAUUAAAUUUGAUAAUCGGGCCCAAUGGUACUGGAAAAUCAACUUUUGUUUGCGCAAUAAUUUUGGGUCUUUGCGGCAAAACCAGUGUUAUUGGACGAGCUAAAAAGAUUUCAGAGUAUGUAAGAAGUGGAUGUGAGGAAUCUACAAUAGAAAUAGAGCUAUAUAGAAAUUCCGGUGAAAGAAAUGUUAUAAUAACAAGAAACUUCAAUCUCAGAGAUGUCUCUACAUGGGCGAUAGAUCAUAAAACAGUUAGAGAGAAACAAGUACUGGAGUUAAUAGCAUCUUUAAAUAUACAGGUCGACAAUCUCUGUCAGUUACUACCACAAGACCGUGUACAGGAUUUCUCAAAGAUGAAUCCACAGGAGCUGCUCCGUAGUACAUUAUCUGCGGUGGGCGGGCAAGAGAGUGUAGCACAACUGGACGAAUUAAUAGAGUGCAGGAAUAAACAUAAAGGGUUGUCUACUAAAGUACAGAAUAAUGCGCAGUUAUUGCAAGAACAGAUUCGUCUUAAUGAAAGAUUAAAAACAAUAAUAGAUGGUAUGCAUCAGAGGAAAGAGAUAGAGAAACAAAUAGAGAUUUGUGAGAAGAAGAAACUCUGGGUGGAAUAUCAAACACUUAGAGAACAAGUAAUAGAGUCGGAAAGAGAUAAGAAAGAGGCGAUCAAACUUGUUAACACGCAUAAAAGUAAAAUGGAACCAUUAGAAAAGGUCAUUGAUAAAGCUAAAGUGGGAAUUAGUAAAUUGGAACAAGAAAAAUUAUCAGCUAACCGUGAAAUUCAUUCAUUAAAAGACAGUAUAAAGGAAGCGAUCAGUUCUGCCCGACAACAAGAGUACUCAUUGAAAGAUCUGGAAGCGACACUACAAGAGAAGUUGGAACGACAUCAGAAUAAAGAGAGGGAGUUACUUGAAGCUAAUGCUAAGUUGGAAAAGUUGAGGAAUGAUAAGAAAAUGUUAAUUGAAAAAAUCGGAGAUGAGACACAAAUAAAAAUGGAACUAGCAGAGUUAGAAAAGCCGAUAGCAUUAAACAAUGCGACAAUAGAGAGAUUCAAGAAACACAAGUUAGAAUUACAGUAUGACCUUGAGAAUAAUAUCAAACCACAAAUAAGAUUGUUCCAGAACAAAAUAAAUAACUUAGAAAACGUAGAUGCUAAGCGACUGGAAGUGCUAAGAUCUUACAGCGAGGAUUGUUACAAAGCUGUGAUGUGGCUCAGAGAGAAUAAAGACAUGUUCUCAAGACCUGUAUAUGAACCUAUGAUGUUAGAAAUAAACUUCACGGAUGCAAAGUUCGCGCGUUACCUAGAAGCGACAGUACCGGCGCGGGACCUCGCCGCCUUCACCUUCGAGAGCAGCGCCGACAUGAACCUCUUCCUGCAGAAAGUGAGGAGAGAGCGCGCUCUGAAGCUGGUCAAUGCUAUCUGCAGUACCAAUUCUGCGACACCACAUACAUCUGAUAUCGCACAGCUUAGUUACCUAGGUUUUUACACAUACCUAAUAGAUACGAUAAACGGUCCUGAGCCUAUCAUCAACUAUCUCUGCAGACAGUACGGUAUACACAGGAUACCUAUAGGCAAUGAUCACACGUACAAAAACAGCGCUAAAGUACCCGCUAAUAUCACACAUUUCUUUACUGAGAACCACAGGUUCAGUGUACGUGUGUCAGCGUACAGCGGUGUCAAAAGCAGUUCCAUUAUAGAGAUACGUCAGGCGAGACUUCUCGCUAACACUGUUGAUGUCGACCAAAUACAUAAUCUUAAUAACCAAUUAGCCAAACAUCAAGAGACAUCUCAGCAGCACAAUGUCAGGAUGCAGGAGAUAGACAACAAGCUGAUGUCUCUGGAGGCCGAGUUGAAUAAAUUGAAUGCAACUAGGAGAGUUAUUCAUGAAAAUGUCGAAAAGGUUAGAACACUCUCCGCACAAAUCCGUCUCCAAAUAAAGAAGGUAGAAGAUAUAGAGAACGAGCCGACAUUGAAUAUAGAACAAGAGAGAAGUAAAUGUAAGAGGAAACAGCGGGAGUGUGUCAUAAAACUGUGUCAAUGUCAUCAAGAAUUGACUGGCACUAUGAGGAAGCUGCAGAAAAAAGUCAGUAGUAUGGAGAUUUGUAAGGUUAAAUUAGAUUUCUAUAGAAACUCCAUUGUAAAUGAGGAGAGUAAAUUAAGAGAAUUAAAAAACGACAUGAGAAAUGUACAGGCAACAUUAGAAAACAUAGAGAAUCAACUUACCCGUGUCAAAACGAAAGCUAAAGAGAAACUAAUCGAAGCAAAAAGGUCUUGUAAUAACAAACUGCCGAAUGACCCCGACUUCCCUCACAGUGAAGACUUCGCGGUGCUGCCGAGUGAGGUGAAUGAACUGAUGGCGCACUGCUUCGAGCUGCAGGCCAGAGUCAACUGCAUGGAUGAAGGAGAUGAGAGGGCCAUAAAAGAGUAUGAAGAACGUGAACAGAUGAUAGCAAAUUUGAAAAGUGAAGUAGAGAGUUCCGGUGACGUCAGUAAACAACUUGAGAUUAAGAUGAACCGUAUCAAGUCGAUAUGGUUGCCGCCUUUAGAAGAGUUACUUCGCGAUAUAGACAGAGCAUUCGGUGAUAUGUUUGCGAAGCUCGGCUGUGCGGGGGAAAUCAAACUGGAUAAAGCCGGUGCUGAUGAGGACUACGAGAAGUACGGUGUGAGCAUCCUGGUGAGGUUCCGCAGCUCGGAGCAGCUGGUGCAGCUGACCCGGCACGCGCAGUCAGGUGGGGAGCGCGCGCUCACCACCGCCGUCUACCUCAUGGCGCUGCAGCAGCGCACCACUGUGCCCUUCAGAUGCGUGGAUGAGAUCAACCAGGGUAUGGACGCGAUCAACGAGCGCAAGAUGUUCCAGCUGCUGGUGCAGGUCACCACUGAGUGUGACAACGCACAGUACUUCCUGCUUACACCCAAAUUGCUGACAAAUCUAGAAUAUAACUCCAAGAUAACGGUUCAUACGAUAAUGAACGGCCCUCAAGUAAUGCAUCACAGCAAAUGGAAAUGUAAACAGUUUAUUGAAAACGCAAGGAAAUAUAUGUCAACUCAGUAAGUAUUGUGUAAAUCAGCUCUGAAUCGGUUCAAAAGUUCAUAUAGAGUUGUAGAUCAACAAGAUGCUUGUUGACUCGCAGCUUAAAAUCAUAAUUCUAUGAAAUUAAAUAGAGCAGCGAGUCACAGAUCUGCAGAUCAUCAAUUUUACUUGAGCUACCCAUGAAUACUUGUCUGUCUAUAUAGUGACGUCAUCAUGACAUAGAUUAUAAGAUACCAGAGUGGACAUUGAGUAAAUUCUGUGUUUCGUCUAAUUAGUUCUAUCUCCUUUUUUCUUCGUCUAUUAAUUCUUCAAAUUUCAUAUAUAUUUUCUGUAUACUCUGACAUUUAUUCAAACUGAUAAUACGUUUGUACAAUUUCAGUUUUAAUACGCGAUAAUAUCUAGAAAUAUUCCUUAAUUUUAAAUUUUUCUUACAAAAUAAAUCUCUUGCUAUAAAUAUAGCGGGCCUGAAUGAGCGUCGGUGGCUCAGUGGUCAAGCACUUGACUUGCAAUCUGCAGGUCCUGGGUUCGAAUCCCGCC